AUGCAGCCGCUUUUUCAAGAGGCGCAAUUUGCUUGUUUUGAAGACGAUGACAAGGAGCUUCCACGUUUUGUUAUCUCGAAUCCAUCCGAUACUUUACAACCACACAAAAGCUUUGCGCGCGUACAUACCAUUGACUGCACAGGAUCUGGAAGUUUUUACUUUCAAAUGGAACGUUUACGCGAUCGUUUUCUAUGUUGGCGUGUGGUUCAAAAUGUAAUUGUUUUUCGUGAAUUUAGUCUCAAUAUAUCGUUAAAACAAAAUGGGAUUCGUGUGGAUUUGAUGGCUCCGAUUGUUUCAUCAGGAGUUUUUGCAGUUGAAAGUUGGGAAGAUCAUGUUGUGAGUAUUAACAUUGUGACACACGCUGGUACAAUCCAUCGAUUGAAGUAUCGUGUACCUACUGAAUUAGAUUGUAGUAUCUUUUCAAAUGCAAAUGUUACGGCAUUUCCAGAACCAAAAGUUGCUACACGAAAAUAUUGGGACGUCAUUCAGUCAUUAAAAUCUCAUGAAAUUGUAUCAACAGCAUUGUGGGUGAAUGAAUAUAAUGUAGUUCUUGGAACAGAUUGUGGACAAGUCAUUGGUGUAAACUUUGGACUUCCUCAAGAUGAAGAAAAAAUACAUGAAUUUGUGUUUACGGAUACAUCUGUUAUGAGUUGGAUCUGGCAUGGUAUUUUACGUAAAACAACUGCAACAUUCAUGCCAAAUGGAAAACGAAACGAAAAGCAAGACGAAGGAGCUGCUGUUAUUGCCAUGACGUGUAUUCAAGUUGAAGAUGAUGAUGAGAAAGAUGAGGAAAAAGACGUUUGUGUUGUGACGAUAUCAACGGAUUGCGUAUUGAGAGUGUGGAGUUUUGGCUCACAAUCGUGUAUAGGAAGACAAGACUUACGAAAUUUAGUUAUGCCAUGGAUACGUGAGGACGAAAACGAUCAGAAUGAAUGGAAUGACGAGAGUUUAGAUGCUGAAGAUGAAUCUCCAAAAAGUAGCAUCUAUCUCACUAAUGCCAAGAUCAUCGCGUUGCCACCAACAACAUCUGAUAAUUGCCGAUUGCUGGUACAUCUAGACACGACAAUAUCACCUUCAUCAGAGAUUUAUUUGCUUCGAGGAGACAUGCCAUCUACUAUAAUCUCAAAUGCUGGUGCUAGUAGUUACGAUUUGGCUUUACAAACGGCAAGAAUUUUUUCUAUGGAGUCACCUCAACGAAAACGUGGAUUGAAAAUGAUAGAUUUUGCAGUUGAUACCAACUUUUUAUUCUCUUCAUGGCGUUCAUUAGAUAGUGAGCAAGUUAUGAUUCAUCCAAAUCCAAUGGCAUUAACUGGUCCAAAACGAAUUAUGGGUCAAGUGAUCAAUACUUUGGAUGUACAAAUGCAAAAGUUUGAGACGGAAGACAAUGACUGGCUUUUUGAAUUGAAGGAAGAAAAUGUCGUGACGAGAAUUGACGAUUUUUUUACGGAACGUAUUUUACUUCCUGGUCGAUUUUCUCGACAGAAUGUAUUAACUGCAUUGAAAGGAAGGGAAAGUAAUGAUGUUCAUAUUGGUAUUCAGUCGUUUCGAAGUGAAACUCAAGAGUCCAAGUAUAAAGAAAUGCUCAUUCAUUUUGUUUCGAGUCGUUUAAAAGAAUCAUUUGGUGAUAGAAAUCCAUCGACUCAAAAUCUAGCACGAGUUCAAAUUUGGAAAGAUUUAAUUGCAUUAUGUACAAAACACUGGCAUUGUGAAACAGUACCCAUUGGUUUUAUCACUACGACAAACGCUUUGCUUCCUGGUACACCAGUGAUGUUGCGACGUAAUCGUGUGUCGUUUCUAUUUCCAUCUGCGUUUUCAAUCACGACAUCACUUUUGUCUCAAAAAGAAAAACAAACUACAAGUAGUGAAUGUGUCGAUGAGAUAGUACUGGACGUACUGCCGAUCUUUGAUGCAUUUCCAAGUCAAAGUUUUCAAUCUUUUAUCCAUCGUGAAAUACUUGAUGUAUCUUCGGAUUGGAAAAUUGAAUCAUUUGUGGCUAUGGCACGACAUUGUGUUCGUCUUGGAUUGAUGCCAAAAAAAAGUAUUGAUUUAAAAUGUAUCCCCGAAAUUGCACUGACACAGUCAAUUUUGCGUCUGAGUACAAUUCUUGGUGGAGAUAUUAGUUUUCACGACCAAGUGUUUAAUGAUCUUGUUGCACAAUUAUUUAUUUUUGACAAGAUGGAUGAGACACAUAAGUAUCACCAUUCAACAAUGAAAAAUCCUCUUGACUUUGAUGAAGACAUGGCCGGUGACUCAGACGAUUAUAACAUCUCGGAAAUCUCGACAGAUUCAAGUUCCAAAGCUCCACGUACGUUGUUUGCUAGUUCUCAAAUGUGUUUUGCAUUUGGACAAAUGGCUACAAAGAUAAUUGAUGAAUUGUGCCAUCAAUCGCUUCGUGUGGUACUUUUUCUUGCCUUUAUUGUGGACUCUCGACCAAGUUUUUUGAGUUGUUCUACUUUAAGUAAACUCGAGCGGGAAGUGUUGCCUAAAGCUGUCACAAUUUAUCAACGUUGGAGACUUUGCCAAUAUGUUGCUACACGAGGAAUGUCUCACGACGAAAGUGGCAAAGGUCUAUCGGCCACUUUGUUGCCACCACUGCUUUCGACGUUUCUAUUGGACAAUAAUCGCAAACUUGCUCAUUCGGAAAACUUUUUACGAGCACUCUCUGUGUUGCAACUUGCAAAUGCGACAAACAACGUGCAACUUGAAGAUGCACAUGGUGUGUUAGUAGCUUUUAUGCAAGAGAUUGUACACUAUGUGGCGCAACCUCACGCUGCAAUGGUGCAAUUUUUGCACAAACACCACCAAUUUCGCUUGUUGCGUGCUAUAUUUUGUUGCGCUCUCCGGGAUGUGACACGGAAAGCGCAAAAUGCCAAAGCUGAGCAUAUGCAUCAAUACAUUCGAUCGAUUGGAGAGUGUUUGUCAUCUGAAGGACAAAUGGCGGCAACACAAACUCUAAAUGCACAACAUGCGCGAUGGUGUUUCCAACAAGCAAUUCGUUGCUUUCGCAUUUGCCUGUGCCACUUUUUCGCUGAACGUCAACAUCGACCAUCACUCCCGAACCAAACACUAGAUCAAUUUAUUUACGAUGUCGUGGGUUUAUUAAAAGAGACAGUACCACGUGGUCAUUAUGACCAGUUGCUAGGAUUUUUAUGGACUUUAGUCACCCAAGCAUUAGGUCACAUCACUCAUGAGGAUGAUGCUCAAAGUUUUGCUGUGCAAUCAUUUCUUUGGGUUAAUGUGUUCAAAUAUUCCGUGGAGGAGCAAUUAUUUCGUGACGCACAUCUUGCCCUCAUGCACCUUGUUGACUUGUCUGGUGCUUGUAGUGGCUCGGAAGCGACGGUAGAAGCGGAAGAAACAGCGCGAGAAUGCGUGAAUUAUCUUGUUAAGGAAUUGUACCGUUAUGGUCACUUGGAUUUGAUCUGUGAGCUACAGUGGGGACCACUUGAUUUGCAUGUGGAAAAACAUAUUUUGUGGCAAGCUGCUAAUGCCACAGGGGUGAAGAGUGAUGGUCUCGAUGCCAAUGCUGUACGAUAUUACAAUUUACUCUAUUCUUUUUACCUACGCAAACAACAGCCUGCUAACGCCGCGUCGUCACUCUACGCACUUGCACUUCGACUGCGUCUUGCGGUUUCGACGUCCAAAAUUGCUUUAGAAUCUCAACGUAAUGCUUUAAAUGCUGCAUGUAACGCUUUGCGAGUUUUACCAGUUGCCAAUCGAUGGGUUGUACGUAAAUUACACACAGAAGAAUUGGCAAUGGCCAAACGUGAUGGCAAUUAUGCAACUCGGAUGAUGUUAAAUGUUGUAACACUUGAUGAUAUGCGACGAGAAUUGGCAAUUUUGGAUGGAAAGUUGCGAUUGUUGGCAAUUGGUCAUUCGGAAAGUCUUCUCUUAAGUACGAUGGAUGGAAAUGAAGUGAUUGCCUUGCUCAUUGAUGCAGUGUAUAAUAGUUGCCAUAAUGUUGGCCAAUCGACAGUGGCAGAACGUCGACGAGCUGGUGUUUUGACAAUUGAAGUGGCCACUGACAUUGCAACUAGAUGCUCGAAUGCAAGUAUGUGUGGCCUCACCCAAUCGUUGGCACGUUAUUGUGUCGCAAAUGACCAUUCAACAAUGGCGUCUUCAGUUGCACGAGCCGAUCGUGAUUUGUUGUGGGAUUUGCUGGAAAUGGUACUUUUGCAUGUUGCAUCACUGCAACAAUAUGAAAUUGCGGCUGAGACGGUGUUGGAUAUGUGGCAACAAAAUAAUCGGAAACUAAAGUUGCCAUUGUGGCUACGUAAUCGUUUAAGCGACUCAACGUGUGGCAACCCUGCAAAGUUGCUGAUACUUUAUUUGAAACAUGGUUUGCUGAGUGAAGGUCUGCAACUGGUUGAAAGUCUGUUAUCAGACAGUAUGGACCAGAUCAACUUAAAGUUUGAAGCUCAAACUCAGAAAAUAGGCACGAAGUUGCCCGAUUUGCCAUGGAUUCCUUAUAAUCUUGUAGAUAGUUUGCUAGACUCGACAGAUGCGGUACUGAAGCAUGAAACAAGUGGCAACGUCUCGAAAGCUGCCGUGGAAAAGUUGCGCGAACAGGAUCACAGCCUUCGGCAACUUUUGAUGCGCUAUAUGAAUUCAGUUCAUGCACUUCAACAGGCUCAAGAAGCGGCAAAUGUUGCACGGAGUGGCAUUGCGUUGGACUCGUAG